UGCCUCCUGAUGGGUUGAUAUAUGUUUGAGUGUAGACAUUUCUUUCUGUCCCAGAGAUGUUGGUACCAGCCACGGUGCAGAAGGGGAGUAAAGCAGAUAUUUACGAGGGUAACCCCCCCUUUGCAUUUAGAGUUUCUCUUUUAUUACCUCAGAGGAGAGGGAGGGGGAGAAAUGUCUACAAAAGGAGCAGUUGAAUGUAUUAUCAGCAGAGAGGACUUUGCGACUCUUGUAGUUGUACUGUUGUCUCUCCUUGGCCAAGUUCUCAUUUAAUACUGAUCGUGUUCUCAGUCUUUAUCGAAUUUCCACGACAAACUUGGCGUCACGAACAGGAUCCCCCGACCGGUCGUCCGGACAGUGACCAGUGGAGUGGCUUCCCCGGAUUAGAAAAGAAAUCCGGCCUCCAACCUCGAUCAACAAUUAAGAGAUGGGAGGACUGAUCAUUUUGUCCGUGAUCACCGGCGUUGGGAUUCAACGAACUCAAAAGAAAAAGAAAAAGAAAUUUGAACUGCAGGCCCUGAAGGUGAACCCUGACCUGGAGUCCUGUCCCUUUCAACGAACACCUGUUGUGUCCGGAGCAAUGGGAGGAUAUGCUGAGCCAGAUCAACAUGUGAAAGAAGAAGAGAAGGAAGAAUAUGGAGAUGUCGUGCUGCCUGCAUCACCGCCACCUUCUGUACCACCAGGAUUCAAGUCCUCAACAUACACCAUGCAGACCAGACUACAAGCUUCUAAGACUGACACACUGACUGCUUCGACCUUUCCCAUGGUCGAGGUGGCUGGACCGGAUGGUCCUAUCCUCGUGUAUCGGCCACGGACAGCAGCUGAUGUAAGAGAGGCGGCAGAACACCUGCCAGAUCCACGCAACUCAGGAAUGAAAUUUAUUGAACAAUUUCUGAAUUUUUGUCAAGAAUUCCGACCUACAGGAGUUGAAAUACGAAGGAUUCUGGCAAAGAGACUUGGGCCAGGAGACCUGCUUAAAAUCUCCCAACGUAUUCCCAGGCCUGAGUUGAAAAUUGUUCACGUAGAUUGGGCUCAUGCUAAAAACAUGGAAUAUCGAGAUGCGCUCCUUGAGCUAGGUGACGCACUGAGAAAAGCCUUUCCUCCCAAGGUUGAUAUGUCUAAAAUAGCCAGCUGCAAACGAAAACCAGAAGAACAGGUCAAUGACUAUGUAUCCAGAUUGACUGCCAUCUUUAGUGAACAUAAUGGGCUGGAGCAGCCUGGUGCAUCGGAGAGCCACCCCUGCAAUUCCAUCCUCACAGGUAUGCUCCCUGAGUUACAUGAUAUUGUAAUCCGCACAUAUGUGGGGUGCAAAGAAGAAUGUCGACUGAAUGAUCUCAAGCGACAUGCACGCCAUGCACAACUGACUCAGCAACAGAAGAAGAAAGCUAAGCAGGAAAAGACUGAGAAAGAACUGCAUAUGGCAGCCCUCACUAUGUAUUCUGCAUUGGCAACAAUGCAGGGGCAGCGAGGACGAGGCAGAAGCCGUGGACGCGGGGGAAAAGGAGGUGGUAGAGGAGGUCAGCACGGACAAGGCUCUGAAGAUCCCAACACCUGUUACAGGUGUGGCAAAAUUGGACACUGGGCUAGAGACUGUCCCAUGAACGCUUUGGAUGAACAGGCACGAGCACACGGCACGUCUGAUUGACAGGGACAGGACGAAGGGUGAGGGACAUCACUCGAAGGCUCUGCAGAACAGGGAAGUGAAACACACACACAGCCACAUGCAUGUUUACAUAAUGAUAAUAGCCAGGAGCACACACACCAGCAUGUUCAUGCUCAUGUACAUAAUGCUAUAAGAUAUCUUGAACAGAAAAACACACCACAGGU